UGACGAGCCGGAAGUCCCUGUGUUAAAGAUUGUGGCUAAUGCUAAUGCUAAUGGCCCCGGAAAGGUAAACCGUAUUCUGAAGAUGGCCGGGGUGUUUGAGGUGGAGGUUGAUGGUGUAGAACAUGAUCAUGGACUGGAACAUCGCGACGAAGCGCAUGAGAUUGAUUUGUCUAAGCUUUCACCAGAGGAGAAAUGGAGGGUGCAACAUGCACAAAUGCAUGCCAAACACAGAGGCCAUGAGGCUAUGCACGCAGAGAUGGUGCUGAUCCUUAUAGUCACUUUAGUUAUUGCUCAACUAGUUCUUGUCCAAUGGAAGCAGAGGCAUCCUAAGUCAUACAACUUGGUCACCCUGUUUCAAAUGUGGGUAGUACCACUCUACUUUACAACCAAGCUGCAUUGGUGGAGGUUCUUGACCACCUGGUUUAUCUUCUCUGCCAUCACGGCAUACGUCUCUUUUCGUGCUACUCGCAAGCCACUUGCCUGCACCACACCAAGGCUGGUGUACAAGUGGUUCCUCCUCCUCUACAAGAUCAGCUAUUCUACUGGAAUAGCUGGAUACAGCGUUGUCAUGUUUACACUUUUUGGUAUAAAUCUUAUAUUCAGGAUAAAACCAGAAGAUGCAAUGGAUUUUGGAGUUUCCCUCCUUUUCUAUGGUCUCUACUACGGAGUCCUUGGAAGAGACUUUGCUGAAAUGUGCGCAGAUUUCAUGGCAUCCACAAUAGGUUAUUACAGUGCCUCUGGAAUGCCAACCAAGCACCUCUCUGAUAAUAUCUGUGCUGUGUGUGGUCAGCCCAUCCUUGUGGAUGUGAAUGAGGAGGGCAUCAUUGAGAACACUUACAGGCUGACCUGCAAUCAUGUAUUCCAUGAAUUCUGCAUAAGGGGAUGGUGCAUUGUGGGUAAGAAGCAGAUGUGCCCGUACUGCAAAGAGAAGGUUGACCUGAAGAGGAUGUUUAGUAAUCCUUGGGAGAGGCCACAUGUCAUGUAUGGGCAGCUUUUGGACUGGCUUCGGUACCUUGUUGCCUGGCAACCUGUGAUCAUUGGAGUUGUUCAAGGCAUCAACUACAUCCUGGGUCUGGAGUAAACCUCUAGAUGUCAGAAAUGGACUUCGAGAUUAUCAAAGGACAUUGCACUGGCUGUUGGCCCCUAACAUUGAACUAUACAUCUCUAAAAGUGUCUAUCCCUUUUGUACAUAUUUGUAGGCUCAAUGUAACUGCAUUUAUGGUUUAUUUUAUUGAUUACCAAAAUUUUGAAGACACAAUUUUAUUUUUUUUUCCAUGUCACUGAAACGAUAAGAAUUAAUGUGUUUUAUGGCCUACGGAGCAGCUCUAAAAUUAUUAUAGAGAUGCUUUUAGUAAUUUAUCAAAUGUCUUAAGUGUAUAAUAUUAAAAUACGAUCAGUUGAAGGGUUAUUCUGGGAGAGAAUGUAGACAACUAGAGAAAAGGUCAUAAGGCCAAUACUUCCCCUGAGUAAUAAUUCCAUGACUACUUUUAGUGUUGACUAAUGAGAAGUUGAUCUAGUGGCUCAGUAUCUAUAGAGCUUGUGAAAUCAUUGUGUAGCGUCAGACGAAAAUGUCACGUUCCAUCAUCUUUUGAUUUUUGUUUUAUGCAAGUCAUAUUUCCAAACUCAAACUGUUUAAUAUAGCACCUAAAUGAAUGACAAUUAUUACAGGGUUGAGAUGACUCGUCAUCACUAUUAGGCCAAAUAUUAAAAACUUAAAGGAUUGAACUGCUUUGUGAUGGUUUUGAAAACCUUUAUUCUGGAAUAACCCUUUAACUUUAACACUGCAAAUGGUCACGGCACAGUUUUAUCUAGAUGUGGGAAAGUAACAGGUACUGCACACAGUAUAUGCCUACUACAGUUUACCUUAAUGGAUCUUACUGCGUGGAACAGGGCAGAACUGAAAAUUUCUGUCAGUAUUUCAUUAAA